AUGCAAUGGAAAGGACCCCAGGGAAGUCAAUCAAGGAAGAGGCAUGCUCAUCGCCGUGAUAGCCAGGGUAGCCAGGGUUCUGUAGGUGAUGAGUACUCCGGCAUCCAGGGUGUGCCUACCUUGCGCAAGCUGCAUGAACUAGCCGUCUGGCUUCGCAGUUCAUCCCUACAUGCGGAUAUCUGGGAUGAUAACGUUGGCCUUAGGCUCGGUAUUGACAAUCGAACUCGGUGGUCUUCUUGGUAUAUGGUUAUUGAUAGGGCCAUCGCGAAGCAAUCGGAAAUCAAAGCUUUUAUGACUGACCACGAAGCAGCUCUUGGUAGUAUCCGUCUUACAGCCCAGGAUUGGGAUUAUCUUGAUAAAGCCCGUACAUUUCUGCAACCAUUUGCUUCGGCCACACUUUAUGCAGAAGGCGACAAGUCAUCUAUUUCACAGUUGCUACCUCUAAUGGACGCCCUUCUUGCCCAUUAUGAGAGGAACAAAGCCCAUUAUUCCCAGGAAGACCACCACGACCCCCGAAUGGUUCGUGCUAUUGAGAUGGGCUGGUUUGUCCUCGAUAAAUACUAUAAUAUGACUGAGGAGGCACCUGUCUAUGCUGCGGCCCUUCUUCUCGACCCUUCUCGGAGAGCAGCAUAUAUUCGGAAGAAUUGGCCGGCUACAUGGGUUGAACCCGCUAUUGAAUCUGCUAAUGCACUGUGGCAGGAGAGUUUCAGCACAAGGUGUGUCGCUGAUGACCAGCGCAACCUGUUUUCAAUAACGCCGCCAUCGGUGCCUUCCAGGAAGCGUGGCUCUGAGCUGGACCUCCUUAUGAGGGAUAUGGAAGUUAUCACUGCAGAUGUGUGGGAUAGCGAUGACUUCAGGACUUUCAUUGAACUGCCUCCCUUCCGCAUUGAUUGUAGUCCUCUCGAGUGGUGGUCUCGCAGUGAGCAAAAAUCGCGUUACCCACGGCUCCACAAGAUGGCAACGGCUAUUUUGUCCAUUCCAGCAGAGUCAUCAGAGCCUGAAAGGGUAUUUUCUGGAUCUAGAAGAACUUGUUCAUGGGAUAGGCUGAGUUUAUCAUGUCUUAAUAUUCAGAGAAUUGAAUGCAUUGGUAGCUGGAUACGAGAGGGCCAUAUCCGGCUUUCCAAUCUCAACGGCAUGGGCCUCCCUAUGGAGGCAACCACGAUGGAUGAAGAUGAAGAGCUUGAUGACGAGAUCGUAAAUGAAAUGCAAUGGAUUUAA